CUUUCCACAUAUACUCUGUGAUUUCGUCAUAUUUUGAAGUAAAUAUCCUCUGUAGUAACUUUUAUUCGACGUUUCGCAAACAUUCCCCGCCAUGUUCGCGCUGUCUCGAUAGUAGCGCCUCUGAUGACGUCCAGCGUGCGGCGCUAAGUGCGCUCGUGCGUCCGUCUUGUUGACGGAAGUUCUCGGGGAAGAAGAGCGUGGCAACGAUGGUGCGGGUGAAAUCGAGGUAUUUACUGUGCGAGGUGAACGUGUCGGACAGGAGCCACCUGUUGCUGCUGGAUGAUCGAUCUGUUGGCGCGGCAGUGAAGGACGCGGUGGCCCGCACACACGGAGACUACGGAGCAGCUCUGUGCAGCGUGCGCUUCUGUGUGAAAUAUCUGAAUGCUCAUACCGGAAUAGUAUUUCUACGUUUUCCUAAGAGAUGUUACAAACUCCUCUGGUCAGCAUUGCCUUUCAUUACCAGUGUUGAGAUGCGUGGUCAAAAAAUCCCAUGUUUCCUAAACUGUUUGCAUGUAGGAGGUACAAUUAGAACAUGUCAGAAGUUUCUCAUCAGAUACAAUACCCAGCAACUCCAUCGAAUGCUCCCCAAAUGUAAAAAUGAAGAAGAAAAGCAACAGGUACGGAGAUCAAUUCUGAACUGCUCCCAAGCGUGGGGAAACAAGGAAGAAUUGGAGGGUGAAGGAGAAAGUGGGGAAGAUGAAGAAGAGUGACUUUACAACAUGAAAGCAGUUAUGUUCAAGCUCUGACUGGAUUGUGUUUAUUUGUUGUAUGAGAGUGAUGCAGGAGGAGGACAUUGCAGCUCUUGGUGUUAAAAGUCUGUACUUAUUGUGUGGUUGUCAGCAUGGAUAUUCUUCUACAUUGUUUGAGUUACCAUAAACAUAGAGCUGCCAUCACCAAGUUUACAUUGUACACUCAGAUUUUUUUCAAAUUUUAAUGUAUAUAUUUAUAUUUAUACUAUCAUUUAUUUCUUCUUCUUUUUGGGGUUUACAAAUUAAAGCUUUGUUUCUCAA